UGAAGCCUUCCCAACAUGUGUAGUCAUUCUUUCUGUUCUACACCACGUCUGCCUCUCAAACUGUGCUCUUCAGACUCUGUAUUACAAGAGUGAUGUUGCUGUUAUGGAUAACAUUAUCGCUCACAUGGUCUGGCACAAUCGGCUUUACGAUCCACAGCAUGAAGGAAGGUCUGUGUCUAGAGGACUCAUCUGAAGGAGUUGUUGAGUUAAGGACAUGCAGUCUGGACUCAGUCCUGCAGCAGUGGAAGUGGACAGAUCACUGCUUAGUAAACACAGGCACCCUGAGGUGUCUCUCUGCCAUCCACACUGACCCAGUCCAGACUAUCGCUUGUGAUUCUAGUGAACAUAUCAAAUGGCAGUGCAAAGCUCAACAGCUCAUCAGUCUGCAAAACUCUCUAGCAUUGAGCACUGAGAGAGGAAAACUCAGACUGAACACGGGUGAACAUGACACCUGGAAAUCUCUGGAUGCGGGUGACAUCUGCCAGAAUAAGCUGAGAUCCAGAAGAGAAAGUGAUUUAGAGACCGAUGAGUUUGACUUUGCUGAAGAGCCGCCUAAACAAAGAAUGACAGAGGCACAGUUGAAGUUUUUACAGUGGUAUUACCGCACAGAGGACCCAACAUCGUGGAAGUUUGGCAUGCUGGCAUUUGCUUUUCUGGGUCUUCUGAUUGGUGCUAUGCUGUUGGUCAUGGGCAUGAUGGCUAAUAGGAACAGGAAGCAAAUAGCCAAAUACAAAGCAGCCUCAAAAGUCACAGCGGUGAAACCUGAAAUGGAGGAACUGCAGGCCAUCGUCACUGAUAAGGUCACAGAGGUCAAGGAGGAGAAAACCCAUUUUACCCCAUACGAACAAAUUACUACACAUAACAGCCAUAGGGAUUGGGAAGAGCCUUCAUACAAUAGCAUAGCCUCAGAGGGACUGAAGCCCGGAGAAACUGUGGUGACCUGGAAAGACGGGAAUGUGUCUGCUCUGUAUCCUGAACCUGCAGAGGAAGGACAAGGGGAAGAGGACGUCCACAACACAGAUGCAGGGUCUCUGUCCCAAACCCCCCCCCAAGUAAUAGCUUCAUAUGAGGCAAUUGCAUUUUAAUUUAGUCCUACUGUUUGGGUUCAUUUUAACACUAUAUUCAAGAUGGCAUGGGAUUGGUUGACAGACUAUUUUAGAGUUAACCUAGGGCUGUAACCACACUGAGGGGUGUGUAUACCCACGUAAUUCAAUUUAGUGGUCAAUCAAAAUAUUGUUUUUUCAAUGUAAAUCUCUUUCACAUUGG